UUAAAGUUAUUGCCGUUUAUCGCUGAAUGUGUGAGGAAUAUCGAAAACAAAACUAACUUAACCCCGCUUUUACGGAAGUGUAUGCACGUGUCAGAACGUUGUUUUUCAGCGCCUCCGGAAAAGGCAUAAAAAUUGGACCUAAACGCAGCCCAGGAGUGGAGGGUGAUGGCGCUUGUUUUAGAGCAUCUUCUGGCCGCUCUGGAUUAUCUAGUCACAGAAGAACUGAAGAGGUUUAAAUGGCGCUUAAAGACUUAUCACGGCAUUUCAGCUGCUGAUCUGGAGAAGGCAGACGCUCCUGACACAGUGGAUCUGAUACAUGAGCGUUUCGGAUCAGAAGAAGCUGUGAAGAUCACGGUGAACAUCCUGAGGAAGAUGAACCACAACCAUCUGGCUGAACAUUUAGAGAACAAACACAAGCAAGAUCAGGCUGACGGCAGUAUUGAGGAUCCUGUGCUUGCUGGAGCUGAAUUAAAAUCAACUGGGGUCACAUUCACCAACAUUGUUCCCAGGACCAGGAACGACUUCCUACAAUAUUCCCAUAAGCUCACUCUGGAUCCGAACACGGCACAUAAACGCCUCCAUCUGUCUGAGGGGGACACAAAGAUUACUGGUACUGACAUAGAUCACUCGUAUCCUGAUCAUCCAGACAGAUUUGAUUAUUAUCGUCAGGUGCUGUGUAGAGAGAAAGUGUGUGGACGCUCUUACUGGGAGAUUGAGUGGAGUGGAGAUGUGUAUAUAUCAGUGUCAUAUAAGAGCAUCAGCAGGAAGGGACAGGGAAUUGAGUGUUGGUUUGGACAUAAUGAUCAGUCCUGGAGUUUGAUCUGCUGUCCCAACAGAUACGUAUUCUGGCACAGUAAGAUACAGACUGUUCUCCCUCUAGUGUCCAGCUGUAGAAGAAUAGGAGUGUAUGUGGAUCACAGUGCAGGAACUCUGUCCUUCUACAUCGUCUACAGUGACACAAUGAGUCUCAUCCACACAGUCCAGACCACAUUCACUCAGCCGCUCUAUCCUGGGUUUGGGUGUGGUUAUGUUGGAUCAUCUGUGAAACUAUGUUGAUAAAUCAGAAUAGACUGAUGAGAGAUUCUACCCAUAAUGCUUUGAGCUGCAUGAUGAAUCAGUAACAGCAAGAUGUU